GUUCAAAGACCAGCUGAGUCGUUAGUAAGGAUGUGACAUAAUACUCCCGUCCCGAGUACCUCAUGUGAUCGUCACUUUAUGACUUCUCUUCAGGCCUUUUGGCAACUUAUGGGCGUCUAAGACACCUGUGAGAAAAUGUUUUACGUAGCUGCCAUCCUGAUAUGCCUGUCAGUGGCCCAUACGGGCGGCACACACCUGCUGAACCCCAGGUUUCCGAGGCCGAAAGGUCCUGCCCUAAAGCCGCAGUACAGCUAUGAUACCAAGUACUUCACACAACCGGUGGACCACUUCAGUUUCACCAGAACUGACACUUUUGACCAACGUUACCUUAUAAACAUGAAAUACUUUGAAGGCACUGGAGGACCCAUCUUUCUCUACACUGGGAACGAAGGUGACAUCACAAUGUUCUGUGACAACACGGGCUUUAUGUGGGACAUUGCACCAAAAUUCAAGGCUCUAGUGGUGUUUGCUGAACACCGCUAUUACGGAGAAUCAAUGCCUUAUGGAAAAGAUUCAUACAAGGACCCUGAGCACCUCGGCUACCUGACAGCAGAGCAGGCCCUGGCAGACUUUGCCCGACUCAUCACCCACCUGAAGGCCAGCAUCCCUGGCGCAGCGGACAGUCCUGUGGUGGCCUUCGGGGGGUCGUAUGGAGGGAUGCUGGCGGCCUGGUUCAGGAUGAAGUAUCCCAGCUCUGUCAUCGGGUCUCUGGCUGCCUCAGCUCCUGUGUGGCAGUUUGAAGGUCUCACACCAUGCGGAAGUUCAUACUCCAUCAUUACUGAGGACUUCCAGAAGGGAAGCCCUGGCUGUGAGACCUACAUCCACAAGUCCUGGGACCUCCUCACUCAAAUGGGACAAACAGCUGCUGGUAGAGAGAAGCUUUCCUCCAUGUUCUCCCUGUGCUCUCCCCUCAACACAACAACCGAUGUCGCCACGAUGUCCAGUUGGCUGCUGAGCACUUGGUUCAACCUUGCCAUGGUGAACUACCCUUACCCUGCCAGCUUCCUGGAGCCCCUACCAGGCUGGCCAGUCAAGGAAGUGUGUUCACUCAUCACCGCAUCAUCCAAUGUUCUGGAGGGUAUAGCUGCUGGAGCUAUGCUGUACUACAAUUACACAGGCCAGGCUCCAUGCCUCAACAUUGAGGAGAGUGCAGUCAGCUCUCUGGGAGACCUUGGCUGGAGCUUCCAGUUUUGUUCUGAGAUGGCCAUGCCUUCCUGUACGGAUGGGGUCCAUGACAUGUUUCCCCUCCAGCCAUGGAACCUGACUACAUACAUCUCCCAGUGUAAGUCUACAUGGAAGGUGACCCCUAGGCCAUACUGGAUCCUCCAACAGUUUGGUGGCAAAAACAUUACUGCCGCCAGCAACAUCAUUUUCAGUAAUGGCCUGUUGGAUCCGUGGUCAGCUGGGGGAGUGAUGGAGUCUCUGUCAGACUCCCUGGUAGCCAUCACCAUCGCUGACGGAGCCCACCACCUGGACCUGCGCUCCUCCAACCCUGCUGACCCGCAGUCUGUUAUUGAGGCUCGGGAGCAGGAAGUUCAGAUUAUCAGGGAGUGGCUCCAAGAUUACUACUCCAGUUUAUAGAAGUUAUAGUUGUCUGCCUUUAUUUUGAAAGAGCACUUUAUAUAACCUUGCACAAACUGCAUUUGUUUGGUGGUGUGUUAAACAAUUGAUAUGUUUUAAAUGAGCUUGUAAGUGUUUGAAUUGAUUAUCGGACACUCUAAUCAAAUUUCUGUGCAAUUCAGAUUUUGUUUCCAUGCAUACAUGUAUAUAUAUGACUCUAUAGUUUUACGUUUUAAGCACAAGGAGCUGCAAAAACUGAGAUUACCAGGCUGAUAGUUUUGUAUACAAUAAGCUAAAAACAAUGUAAUUUGCUGAUUAAUGUAAAGAACACUAUUUUAUGCAUCACACUUUCUGCUAGGAUUUUAAGAAAGGCUACAGGAGCUGUUCUGGCUAUGUUUUAUAUUUGACUAAAUGCAAAAGCAAACUUCCAUUUGUGCUCAAGUUGCAAUCAUUCAUUUACAUGUAUCAUCAGCCCACUACUUGUGGAGAAACAUUUAUCCCUAUAUACAUUAGUUUGCAUUUGGUCUACAACUUUGAGACUUAAAGUAAAGCUAUGACUGUUAUUUAGAUGACUAUAAGCCAGCAAGACAAGAACAUCAAAACCCUCCUACCGUGGGUUUGAAGAUUUACUGAAUAAAGCUAUCGUGAUAUAAGCCU